AUGUCAGGCUAUGAAGUGGAACACAACAUCUCCACCAAAGAGGAGAAGCCUGAACACCCUCCCCGCCGACCAGACCUCUCGACUUUCUUCUCCACUCUAGAGCUUGUCGAUACCUCUGACCCUCAAACACAUCACAAUGUUCACGCGACUCCCCAGCCAGAGAACAUGGCCGCAGCCUUUAGAUUGCUUGCCAACGCAUUCGAGAUGAUGGGUGGAAGAGCAGCAGGAGAACAAGAGGGCACAGAGGCUGGCCACAGCGAUCUCCUAGAGCAAAUGAUCGAGACACUGAGGCAGAAUGCGGACAAUCCUCCAGCAGAACUACAAGGUGUUCCGGACAGCUUCAUCGAUGAGCUAGAUCGUGUACCAAGGAAAAAACUGACAGAGGAUCAUGUUUGCGCAAUUUGCCAUAAUCCACACACAUCGGACGAACAUCCACUAGUCGUUGCCUUACCGUGCAAGGGCCGCCAUUGGUUCGAUAUCGAGUGCAUAACUCCAUGGCUCAAGAUGCAGCCAACAUGCCCACUUGACCGCGAGACUGUGUAUAGGAAAAAGCAACCUCCUCCUCCAGUCGAGGACAGCGAGGAAGAAUACGACGAUAUGUACGCCUGA